CACGCACGCACCAACAGUCGCCACACUAGAGCUAGCCAGAGAGACCGACCAUGGCGGACGGAGGCGUGUGGGUGUUCCGGAAGGACGGGGUGAUGGAGCUGGAGAGCGCGGCCGGGUCGACGUCGAGCCGGAGCGGGCCGGGGAACAAGGCGCUGGUGUACGUGCCGGCGAACGAGACGAUGCGGUCGCUGCAGGCGCUGGAGCAGCGCCUCGGCGCGCACGGCUGGGAGCGCUACUACGAGAACCGCGACGUGGUGCAGCUCCACCGCCGCGACGGCAGCCUCGACCUCAUCUCGCUCCCGCGGGACUUUGCGCAGCUCCGCUCCACCCACAUGUACGACGUCGUCGUCAAGAACCGAGGCCACUUCAAGGUCCUCGACCUCUAACAUCUACUAGUAGUCUGUAGUAGUAGUAUACUCACGUACGCAACCACUGCUUUCCCGGUCAGUUAAGCUUGCAACCUUAAGCUCUGUGUGCAUGCUAAUUCACUAUACGGCUGGUAUAUCGUUGUGAGUAUACUAACAAUAUAUCUAUUGUACUAUGUGUAUGGUAUUAUCCGAGUUCGUGCCCGUCUCGAGUACUAGAGUGACUAUUUCGCAAAGAAAAAAAAAGUACUAGAGUGACAAGCUAUACUCGUUACGAUUGAA